AUGAUUGUAUAUGGUUCUCAUCUUCACAAUACUCGGUCCUUUUCUAAGGAAUUUACAGGGUAUCUAGCGGGCGAAGCGGCUGAACUCGAAGUGCAGCACACGACCGAGCAAAUGUCGUCAAUCACCCCAACUCAACCUAUGACCCAGGAAAUCGUUGCACCUUCGCAAACGGUGACGGCAACUGUACACGAAGCAGUAGACAGUGAACCGCAGCCUUUGGUCCAGAACGAAAACCUGCACCAUGGAUCGAUUGAGAACAAACCCGCAGAGAAUCUUGAAGAUCUCAGCCGACUGGCAAUGUUUGGUAAACAGAGGACUGUUCUACGUCGAUCACAGAUCAAACCGGCAGCAGAGGCAGGUGCAAUAGCGCCGUCUCCAGCAAAUCAUACGUCGUCGAGCAGACGCACCGCACUGCGCGGAACACCAACUCGUGAAGCACCCCAGGUAUCCGCUGCUGAUGCCCAGCCUGCUACCCGACGCGCUGAUCCUGCGUUCUCUGCAAGGGUUCGUUUAACGCCUUCAAGUAUUAAGGAGAAGAAGUCUGCCCCGAUUCGACCUGCUGCAAGCACAGGGGGAUAUAAAACAGGCCCUGUGCGAGUCAUAUCUGAAUCUAAACAGCCUGUAGUCCAUGCAGUGGCAGCUUCCAGCGAGUCCAUCAGCACAAAGACUGGGUCGACUGCUCGCCAACGUUAUCUACCCAGUGGACCACUUACCCGUGCUCGAUCCAAGGAGCUUGGGAUAAGCUUCGAGUCUGAGACAAACACCAUGGCUAGUGAAGUUCCAUCUGAUCCAGUGGGGAGUCUUGCGCUAGGUGUCCGUCAAAUGAAAGUUGGAACAGAACGAGUCGCACGUGACAGGGCUCCACGCACGAAUACUAGCAGUGCUUCGGCUGCGAGCUUGCAACGCUCGCAUCCAGUGCGUAUUGCACAGGGCUCUCGAGCAGGAGACACCUUCCUACGUAAUACCGCUGUUCCAACGGAAUGCGAAUUUCGUCGCGAAUUGGUCAUUCGCAACUCGAGCUUAGGGCGAAGUUCUCGUGGUUUGUCGUCCACUCCGAAGGAAGACGGUAAAAGAUUGCCAGCUGCUGCAACUCACGGGAGUAGAGGCCAGGAAAUGACGAAAUCAUCAAGACCAAUUGUUCCACGUCGUUCAUGUAGCGCAGAUCCUCCUAUUCGACGUCCUACCGUACGCCCACCGAGUAUGACGCGUCCAGUUCAUCCCCCGAAUGUUGCACGACCGCCAAGUGUGACUCGACCUGCAAACGUACCUCGUGCUUCGAGUGUCACUCGUCCGUCAUCUGUAAUGUGUCCACCCUCCCAACCAGCGAGUGUUACUCGUCCUGUUCAGCGACCUUCAACUGUUACUCGUCCGGCUCAGAGACCUCCAAGUGUUACUCGCCCGGCUCAGAGACCUCCAAGUGUUACUCGCCCGGCUCAGAGACCUCCAAGUGUUACUCGGCCGCAUAUUCCGGAUACAUCUUCGACCAUUCGGCCGCCUUCCCGCACUGCAACCAGUGGUUCAACUCGGGCAACAUCUGUGAGAGCUCCUGUAUCUAUAACAUCCACAGCAAGAAGCACAGUUACUGAAAAGGGUACCCCGUCUCAUAGUUCUGUAGGCCCCAACAAGAGUCUUCGGCCACUCGAACCACGUUCCUCAGUAAUACGCUGCACUCCUGUCGCUCCAGUAGGAGCUGGAAACUCCACACCGGCACGCGGUUUUCGAUCAGAACUUCGGAGAUAUCCUGCUCCGACGGUGAGUAUAGAAAGAAAACCAUGGCUGCCCCUCCGGUGA